AGGCUGUCGCAUCUGCACGCAAGCUUUGUCGUCGGAUAAUUAUUUCGUCUGUCGCCGGGCAGCCCUCGAGAGAGGCGUAUACUCGAGUAGUAGAGCAGAUUAACUCGCAGCUAGGAGGCAAUUUACUGGGAGAGAAAUAAAUUAGAAUGAAAUUGCAUGUAAAGCCCAGAAAAGGCCUGCGUGUUGUUCGAGAAGCGGUGGUGCUCUCUUAUCGCUAAUCAUUCGUCAUUCUUCCCGGAGCAAGUCCCCUCCCGCCGCCCACAUCUAGCUUCGCCUACGCACACUCACUUGGCAGGCCCUUCAACUCCCUCCACCUUGCACAACAGCCACCAUGCCGCAACAAUUGAACUCCAAGGAUGCGUCCUUGUUCCGUCAGGUGGUUCGCCACUAUGAGAACAAGCAGUACAAGAAGGGUAUCAAAGCUGCAGACCAGAUUCUGCGGAAGAACCCCAAACAUGGCGAUACACAGGCGAUGAAGGCUUUGAUCACAAGCAAUCUGGGACAACAGGAAGAGGCCUUUGUGUUGGCCAAGGAGGCCCUCAGGAACGACAUGAAGUCGCAUGUCUGCUGGCACGUGUACGGAUUGCUGUACCGAUCUGAAAAGAACUAUGAGGAGGCCAUCAAGGCCUACCGAUUUGCCUUGCGGAUCGAGCCAGACUCCCAGCCCAUCCAGCGAGACUUGGCUUUGCUUCAGAUGCAGAUGCGGGAUUACCAGGGAUAUAUCCAAAGCAGAAGUGCCAUGCUGCAGGCCCGCCCCGCCUUCCGACAGAAUUGGACCGCCCUGGCGAUUGCCCAUCACCUUGCAGGAGACCUGGAAGAGGCCGAGAAAGUGUUGACGACAUACGAGGAGACCUUGAAGGGCAUACCCCCAGUCGGUGACAUGGAGCAUUCCGAGGCUGUCCUGUACAAGAAUAUCAUCAUGUCAGAGGCGGGCAAGCUGGAGAAGGCUUUGGAGCAUCUUGAGAGUGUCGAAUACAGAAUGACUGACGUCCUCGCGGUGAUGGAAAUGAAGGCGGAUUACCUCCUGCGGAUGGGCCGAAAAGCUGAGGCAGAAGCAGCUUACACUGCUCUCCUUGACCGCAACUCGGAGAAUUCGAUUUACUUCGAUGCUCUGAUCAAGGCAAAGGGCAUUCCCGAGGACGACCACAAGGCACUGAAGGCUGUGUACGACUCCUGGGUGGAGAAAAACCCCCGCUGCGAUGCACCUCGCCGGAUUCCCUUGGAUUUCCUGCAAGGCGACGACUUCAAACAGGCCGCGGAUGCGUACCUGCAGCGCAUGCUCAAGAAGGGAGUUCCCUCGCUCUUCGCCAACAUCAAGACUCUAUACACCAACCCAGCCAAGCGUGACAUUGUACAGGAACUGGUGGAGGGCUACACAUCCGGUGAACCCCAAUCCAACGGUGACAACAAUGAGUUCCUUUCCUCCACCUACUAUUUCCUUGCACAACACUACAACUAUCACCUCAGCCGCAAUCUGCCCAAGGCCAUGGAGAACGUGGACAAGGCUAUUGAACUCACUCCUAAGGCCGUGGAAUACCAGAUGACCAAAGCAAGGAUAUGGAAGCAUUAUGGAAACGUUGAGAAGGCUGCAGAGGAAAUGGAAAAGGCAAGACUCCUGGACGAGAAGGACCGCUACAUCAACACCAAGGCCGCCAAGUACCAACUCCGCAACAACGAAAAUGAAAAGGCACUCGACAACAUGAGCAAGUUCACACGAAACGAGACUGUCGGCGGUGCAUUGGGUGAUCUCCACGAGAUGCAGUGUGUCUGGUUCUUGACAGAGGACGCAGAGGCAUAUCUGCGACAGAAGAAGCUUGGUCUUGCGCUCAAGCGAUUCCACGGUGUCUACAACAUCUUUGAUGUUUGGUCGGAAGAUCAAUUUGACUUCCACAGCUUUUCUCUCCGAAAAGGCAUGAUCCGAGCUUAUGUUGACAUGGUUCGCUGGGAGGACCGCUUGCGCGAACACCCCUUCUACACUCGAGUGGCACUUUCUGCUGUUAAGGCCUACCUCCUCCUCCAUGAUGACCCAGACCUUGCUCACGGCCCUCUGCCAAGCGGUCUCAAUGAUACUGCGGAUCCUGAUGGUUCCGAGAGGAAGAAGGCUCUUAAGAAGGCCAAGAAGGAGCAGCAGCGUCUGGAAAAGAUUGAGGCCGAUAAGCGAGAAGCAAGAAAGGCCACAAUUACCAAGGGUAUCGAUGGCGAAGUUAAGAAGGAAGACUCGGAUCCCCUGGGUAAUAAAUUGGUGCAAACACAGGACCCGCUCAAGGAGGCUACCAAAUUCUUGACACCUUUGUUGGAGCACAGCCCCAAGAACAUCGAAGCUCAAUGUCUUGGAUUCGAGGUUCAUCUCAGAAGAGGCAAGCAUGCACUCGCACUGAAAUGCCUCUCCGCAGCUCAUUCGAUCGAUGCCUCCAACCCUACUCUCCACGUACAAAUUGCCCGGUUCCGUAAAGCUCUGGAUAGCCUUUCUGAGCCGCUCCCCGCGCAAGUUGCUGAGGUUGUCAACACUGAAUUUGAGAAUCUGCUCCCCAAGAGUCAGAACCUCGAGGAAUGGAAUAACUCCUUCCUCUCGGCAAACCAGGGCAGCGCCGCACACACCCAAGCAGGCUUGGCCUGCCGGCUAUUCCUGAACAAGGACUCGAAGCCGCAAUGCGAGAAGGACCUCGUCGCCUCUCUUGAGUCGGCCGAUGUCACAAUCGAAACUGGUCUGGCCGGUCUGGAGCUGCUGAAUGAGUGGGGCAGUGACCAGGCUGCCAAGACUGCCUACAUUGAAAAGGCCAAGUCCAAGUGGCCCGAAUCCUCAGUUUUCAAGCUCGAGUAAGGAGCUUCCAUCACGGCCCUUCUUGAGAUGGCGAGUAGAUAGUUGUUGGAGCUAGGUUUAUGUGACCUUGGCCCUCUGUGCUGCUUGCCAGAAAGAAGACGAAGCUACGACCGAUAUGCCGAUCCUUAGAUAUGAGCGUCAUAUACAUAUUACAGAGAUGAUGAAGACUGAGAAAGAGAUAGAGCGCCUAGAAUAGGUGGAGGGAAAUAUGUGAAGGUUUAUAUUGGCGGUGACAUGGUCUGGAACGCAAAUAAAAGAGUAUCAUAUGUACUUUGGCGAGCCUGUCCCUAUGCACUGGCACUUGGAUCUGAGUAGCGCGUUGGAAGUCAGGGGGAUAGGGAAAAAACAACAAAAGAAUUGAAAGUAUGGCUUGUUAU